GAUGCGUCGUGAGCUUCUUCAUUCUUCAACGUCGAAGAAGGCAAACCAGAAAAUGUGACCUGAACGUCGUCGUGUUCACAUGAGGUUGAGCUCAGGUUUCUACAAUAUUGGCUUUGAACGUAAACAUUCUCGUUUAUUAAGAUCAAGACCCACAUACAGGCCACACUAAAAUUCACUGAGGAUAGUGAAAAGAAGUGGUUAAUUUACAAUGCAGACAUCUCAGAAACAUGAGAUUUUCUAUGGCUCUGUGCAAACUCUGGAAUCAUAUAACUCCUCCAUUAUUCAAACUCUGGAAUCAUCUUGCUCAACAAGUAACAGUAAUCCUGGUCUAAGUUCUCCAUCAGCUAAUGGAAGCGCAGAAUCAGAAUCAGGCAUGUUAAAGCCACAGUAUUCACUUGAAUCUUGCUUGACACUUACACCAGACCUCAAUGACCUCAGCCAAAAGCUAAGAGAGUUGGAGACAGCAAUGCUGGGACCUGAUGCAGAUAUUUCAGCCACAUAUGAUUCUGAUGAUACAGCCAUGUAUGAAGCAGAGAAGUGGAAGAAGACAAUUGAGAUGAUAUCUAGAGGGGACAUGAAAGAGAUGCUUUGUGCUUGUGCAUAUGCCAUGGUGGAGAAUGAUAUGGAGACAAGCGAAUGGCUGAUGUCCGAGCUGCGUGAAAUGGUAUCUGUUUCUGGAAAUCCUCUGCAACGUUUAGGAGCAUACUUGUUAGAGGCUCUUGUGGCUAGAUUGUCUUCUUCAGGAAGCAAAAUCUGCAAAUCCUUGAAAUGCAAUGAACCUACUUCUUCUGAACUCCUUUCUUAUAUGAAUACAUUAUAUGAAAUCUGCCCAUACUUCAAGUUUGGCUAUUUAUCAGCAACUGGGGCAAUUGCUGAUGCCAUGAAGAGGGAGAAUAGGGUUCAUAUAAUUGAUUUUCAGAUAAAUCAAGGUAUCCAAUGGGUGAGUCUUAUCCAAGCUCUCGCCUUCCGACCAGGAGGGCCCCCAGAGAUCAGAAUAACUGGAGUUGAUGACUCCAUUUCAGCUUUUACUAGAGGAGGAGGGCUUGAGAUUGUGGGGAAAAGAUUAUCAGCACUUGCACAGUCAUGUAAUGUUCCAUUUCAGUUCCAUGCUGUGGAAGUUUCUUCAUCUGAUGUUCAUCUACAACACCUUGAGCUUCUACCUGGCGAAGGCAUUGCCGUGAACUUCACCAUGAUGCUGCACCAUCUUCAAGAUCAGACAAUAGAGCGCUUGUUGAGAUUAGUUAGUUGCUUGCGUCCCAAGGUAGUGACCCUUGUUGAGCAAGAAAGUGAAACCAAUCAUGUCCCCUUCUUCCCACGUUUUGUUCAGACAAUGAACUACUACUUGCCUGUUUUCGAGUCAAUUGAUGAUGUUAUGCCAAGGGACAACAGGUACAGGAUCAAUGUGGAACAACAUUGUUUGGCUCGAGAGAUUGUGAACUUGAUAGCAUGUGAAGGGGAAGACAGAGUGGAACGACACGAGACUUUGGAAACUUGGAAAUCGCGCUUCAGAAUGGCAGGGUUUAGUCCAUAUCCAUUGAGCUCAUUCAUUAACUUUACUAUCAAGAAUCUUCUGGAAGGCUAUUCCAGAAACUACACUCUACAAGAGAAAGAUGGCGCUCUAUACCUUGGUUGGAUGAAUCAACCUCUUGUAGCCUCUUGUGCUUGGAGAUGACUAUCACAUGUCAGUUCAGUCGUUUUUAUUAUUUCAGUCUCAUAGUUCAGGCUGUUUGGUUCUUUUUAUUAUGUAGGUCAAGUCUCAUAGCUUAGGUUGUUAAGUUAUACUUCAUCCUUAUCUUUCAGAGUCAUACUAGAUUCAUAGCUUCAAAGAUCUUGUUUCAGCAAUACAGGUAACAUUAACAAGCAGUAUGUUUCCAGAAUUUCAGUAAGCUAUAUUUUCUAGAUUACUCCAGAAAGAUCGUAACA